AUGCGCAAUCUAGCGGAACCAGUGGUAGCAGCGGAUCGACUACAGGAAUUUGGUGCCGCUUAUGCAAAUGAGGAAGACGUCGACUACGGAGGGAUCAGUGCUCACAUACCACAUAGCUACUGGGAUCGACUUUCAGCCGCAAUCACCUCAACCGCCAAAGAGUUCCUGGACAAACAGCAAUCCAAAGGUUGGCCUGAUCAGUUGAUGUAG